AUGGCGUGGUUCCCGCUGGUGACUUCCUCAUCAGUCCACGUGUACAUCCUUCUCGCCUUCGUCUUCGCAUACAUCGUCAGCGGUGAUCCAGGGGCAUCUGGAGGGAAUUCGGCAGCUUCCGAAGCCCCUCUCCCGGAAGCGAAUAGAAGCUCUACUGGUCUGCCCAUUCCUCGUUUGAUAUCACGUGCGGGAGACGCGGCAAAGGCUCUAAAACUCACACAAGAGCAGCAAGAUACAGUCAAGCGGAACCAGCAUGACACGGGUACGCGUCGGCCUUACGUCUCAGGUCCCCUUAAUAAUCUCGGUGACUGCGCGUCCGAAUACGGGUGUCGCAACGGGGGGGCUUCAGCAACCAAGAGAAAGCCCGAGAUGCUAAGCACGGCUGUCAUGAGUCGUGGAGCUGUUUCGUUGGCAGAUGACAACUAUCACGACUUCCUCUCUGCUCAUUCAAUAGCUCUGGUGCUGUAUUAUGCGCCGUGGUGCUCGUGGUCUCAAAAGACAAGUCCGGAAUUCGAUGCAGCGGCUCGAGUCCUGGCCCACGACAAAGGCGAUCCACCUGUAUUUCUCGCAAAAGUCGAUUGCACGCAGCACACGCAGGUCAUGAGGGACGAAGACAUUCAGGAAUACCCAACGCUCAAGUUCUUUGUCGAAGGGCACCCAAGGGAGUACACAGGCGGUAGAAAACGAGCGGAGAUAUUGAAGUGGCUCCAGGAGAACUUGAACCGAGACCGUAUGAUCACAUCCGUGAAUGCUCUGGAAGAGGUGCUCGCUAAUCGACAGUUGGGCACACUUGUCGUCAUUGCGGCUCAAGACAUCGCGAGGCCUUCUUCUCCCGAGGACGGUGGCGCGCUGCCCCCUUCCCCCUUACUUCACCCAGCUGUGGAGCAACCGGCUGAGGCGGCGAACAACACUGCGACCACGGAGAGGACUCUGAGGCGCGGCGUAGCUUCUGCUGGGAAUGCUCAGGAUGCAACCUCAGGAGGGGGAAAGACUGUCGCAGGCGCGCAUGCUUCAGUUUCUCCCUACGGAGCUCCGACCCCCAGAGUUCGCGCUGCUGGCCGCAACGCGAAAGUUGAUCUUGAUAAGAACCCCACGACACCUGUGUCCGCGGCCACUUCUCUACACGCUUCAAAAAAGUUCCAUCGCGAAACGUUUGUGAAGGUUUCUCGGAUGAUGGGCAACGAUGUGCUGUUCGGCGAAAUCGCGGACCCAGAAGUGCUAGAGUACUACUUGGAUGUUCACGUAAAGCCAUAUAUGAAGACCCGUCUAGAUAUGGCACAUAUUCAUCUUCCCUUCAUUGCAGCAUUUCCAAGUGAAAGCGACAAGGAACUGUUCGAGGAUCGUCCGUUGCCCCUGGUUCCUGACGAAGGGGGAGAGGAGGUCGUCGUUUACACAGGCUCGUUCAGUGAUGAGGCAAACCUUACACGGUUUGUGCAAACGCAUAAGUUCCCGCCGGCUUUUCCUUUCACGGGAAUUGUUGCGCCCAGGAUUUUCGAGGACGGUCGUCCGAUCUGUGUCAUGUUCCUCGAUAACUCCGGCGCCCGCAAACGCAACAGCCAGAUUCCUGUUGAGCGAGCUCCAGGAAUCCGACAGGCUUUUGAGGAUGUUGCUUCCAAGUACAGGAGUCAGAUAAUCUUCACUGUAUCAGGCACGAAGGAGCCUCACGAAAGGCGGCUUUUAACACUGCUCGGCGUGGAAGAUGAACGGCAGACUCCCCAGCUUCGUAUUGUCACAUUCAAUCCUAGCGGCAACGGCAAAUACUACCCUGCCUUGAAGUUCAAACCAGCCAACGCCUUCCUCGGGGACAAGGAAGGCUCUCUAAGCAUGAGAGAAGCCGUCUCGGCCGACCGGAACAUCAACACAAAAGACAACUCUGAGGAAGCGAAGCACGUGAGCGACCUGCAAGCCAAAGCGGGGCUGCGGUCGCCGAGAAUCCCGUCUGCUGGAGAGCCCACCGCACUGGAAAGCGAAUCGCGGAAAGAAGGACUGAGAGGCAGCCGGAUGUCGUCGGAGACCAAUGACGCUGGCCUGUUACAAGCGUUCAAGGGGCAUUUGACGAAUUUCGUCACCAGCUACCUCGAUGGCUCUCUCACGCCGUAUUUAAGGUCCGAACCCGUUCCAGCUGAAGAGGAAAACAAUGGCGUUCUAAAAGUUGUCGUUGGAUCGACGUUCAACGAGAUUGUACUGCAAAACGACCGAGAUGUUCUGGUCGAGUUUGGAGCGCCCUGGUGCGGUCACUGCCGCAAGGUCGAGCCAACUCUCAAGAUGAUUGCAGCGGUCCUUCAGGAUUCUGGAAGCACUGCGCUGGUAGCCAAGAUGGAUGCUACUCGCAAUGAAGUAAAGGAUCUCUACUUUACUGGAUAUCCCACACUUUUGCUCUUCCCCGCGAGCAGGAAGACAGAGCCGAUAAUGUAUCAAGGAGAUAGAAGCGAGGAUGAUCUGCUGCAGUGGCUGGCUUCCAACGUGGAUAAAAAUGACAUAGACUUGGACGCUUGCAGGGCAAAAGUGAAAAAACUCCUGGAGCAGCAAGCUCUGCUGAUUUCAGGCCCUAUUUCUGAAAGUGGGGAGCCUCUUAUCGCUUCACGAGGAACCAUGUCCCAGGCUGAAAGGAGCGUUCUUGAGGAACUUUAG